UAAAAUACCUAAUAACCUUAAUAAGGUUAUGGAGAUUGUAGUAUUGAUUACUGUGAAUCAGAUAAAUAUCUGUAGUGGGUUUCUCUGCGAAUAGAGAAGCCACUAGAUAUAAAAUCGAAUAUGGUGAAGGAAGGAACAAGAAAGUGUUCUCAUUGUGGGCAGAAUGGUCACAACUCGAGAACCUGCAACCAUGGAAAAGGAGGAGCUGGUGUAAAAUUGUUUGGGGUGAAUAUUUUUGAAAAACAAGAACAACCCAUGAAAAAAAGUGCAAGCUUGGGCAAUUUAGAGUCCUUGAUCGACAAUAAUGCUCAUCAUCAUGUAGAUGAAGGUUAUCUAUCAGAUGGGUAUAUCAAUUUCAAAAGAGGCAAAGCAGCCAAUGAAAGGAAAAAGGGUAAGCCUUGGACUGAGGAGGAACAUAGAACAUUUUUAGCUGGAUUGAAAAAGCUGGGGAAAGGUGAUUGGAGAGGCAUUUCGAAGAAUUUUGUAACCACUAGAACCCCAACCCAGGUUGCUAGUCAUGCUCAGAAAUAUUAUCUGAGACAGGCUUCAGCUGAUAUAAAGAAACGGAGAUCAAGUCUUUUUGAUAUGACUCUCAAAGAACCUAAGGUUUUGACGUCUCAGGAGCGUCCAAUUUUGCCUUCUAACAGUUCAUCACAAGUAAAACAGGCGAGCAGCAGCUCCUUAGCUUUACCAUUGAGGACGACUACUGAUAUUCCGGCACGUGCUAUUACCUCAGCUCAGAUUCUGAACCGAUUCCCUCAUCUUUGCUUGGAUACGCCAGCGAUCGGUCCUGCAUAUUUAGCUACCAGUGUUCCAAAUUAUACUGGAAUCCCUUACAUGCUAGGAUUCCCCGACGAUGGGCGGAGCUUUAUGGGUGCUCGAACUGCAUCAGCUGCGCCUUUACUCCAAAUGAUGCAUUAUAAUUAUUCAAGAUUAGCCUACCCUUUUCCGCCUAAUAGCCAAGGAAGGUUUGCUGCUACUUGUGUACCUCUCACUGCACACCCUUCUGGUAUUCCCGCGCCAAGAUCGUACCCCCUCGGGUUUUUGCAACAAGGUUCAUCAACUUCACCAACUAAAAAGGAAAAUCCUCCAGAGCUGGACCUUAAAAUUGGACCUCCUCCGCCUCAAUCCCCUCAAGAAGCAAGUUUGUCACCCCAGGCUUCUGGUCCCAUCAGUGUGAUAUGAGAAAUUUUGGUCUUUGUUUGAGAAAUAGAGUCUUAGAGUACAAGUCACUUACUAUCCAUAAACAAAAUUUAGAUUUUUAUAUGAUAUAGUAUUAAUUCACCUCAGGUUGCUACUUGCUAGUCAUGCUCUUCAUUGUGCGUGAACAAAGUUUUCUAUAUUUUUCACCCUCCAUCCACUGGCUGUCCAUUCCCAUGAUAAUAAAGUUUAUAUGU